GCCAUGGACGUGCACUGCGAUUGUGGCGAGCCCACGGCGGUGGGGGAGCCGCCGCAGCCCUCGGGCAAGCUCAACCGGACGGCCUUCAAACUGUUUAAGCGGAGGAAAUCCGGCGGCGCCAUGCCAAGCAUCUUCGGCACAGUGCGAGGCGGCAAAGGCAAAGGCAGCGAAGGCGGCGGCGGCGGCGGGCAGGCGGGCAUGGUGCGGAGCAAGACGCACGACGGGCUGGCCGAAGCAGCGCUGGAGGGCGGCAAGAAGGAGGACCCGGGCGGCGGCGGCGGCGGCGGCAGCGGCAGCAGCGGGGACGUCCAGCUGGGCGAGGGGGCCAAGGAGCCUGCCUCCUCUUCCUCCUCCUCUGCCUCCUCGGCGGCGGUGGGCAAGUCGCACAGCUUCUUUGCGCUCCUGCGCAAAAACGGCGGCAAAAGCGAGCGGCCGAAGGGGCGUGGGGGGCUGAAGGGGCUCUUCAGCAGCAUGCGGUGGCCCCGGAGGGACAGCAAGCCCGGCGGCGGCGGCGGCGGCGCCAAGGAAGACGAGGCCGAGAGCCAGCCCAGCCCCAGCCGCCUCAUGCCAGGCUCCCUGACUGCCAGCCUGGAAUGCAUCAAAGAAGAGGCGCCGCGGCCGCCCGCCCAAGUCUCCCCAAGCCCGGCCGCUGGGGACCAGCUGCUGCCGCCCCAGGCCGCUGAGCCUGCCUCCCCUCAAGAGAAGCAGGACGUGGGGGCCGUCCCGCACGGCCCCCAGGGAGAGGAGCCCCCCGGGAUCCAGGCCAAGGAGAGGCACCCCGAGCCACCUGGCAGCGAGGGCCAAGAGACCAAGCAGGACUCGGCUAUAACAGGCUGUGGGGACAUUAUUGCUGACCAGGAGGAUGACGUGGGCAGCGGUGGAGGCAGUGGCGGAGGUGGAAGUGACAAGAGCACUGCUGGGGUCAGCAAACCGGGGGCCUCCAAAAAGCCUCCCAGCGUAGUGGCUUACCAAGGCGGAGGAGAGGAGAUGGCCAGCCCUGAACAAGUGGAGGACACUUGCGCCCCGGAAUUCUGGGACACGUUGUCUCAAGCGGAGGAGAAGUCACAGGAGACACCAGGAGGGACAUCGCUUGAGGCCUCCAAAGAUGGCAGAAGGGUUCAGGAUGGGUCAACAAGCGAGACAUGCAUUGGCCUCAACCAGAUUCCAGUUCACCACAAAGAUCAGAAGAGCAGGGAAAAGGAGCAACAAGAGGCUGUUCCCAGCAGUGACGAGGGCUAUUGGGAUUCUACUACCCCCGGACCUGAAGAAGACAAUACUAACAGUAUCCAGAAAGAGGUAAUUCCCAGGGACAGCUACAGCGGGGAUGCUCUUUAUGAUCUGUACACCGAUCCAGAUGAAAACACAGCUGCCAUGACUUCUGCAGAUGUCACCUCUGUGACUUGCUGCAAGCCACUGUCUCCAGUAACCAGCACAUGCCCAGUCAAAACCCAUGCAACUUCACUCAAGGAUUCCAAGAUACCCAUCAGUAUCAAGCAUUUUACAUCGCCACAAGGCAGCCAUGGUCCAGAUGUCACUAACAGCCAUCACAUUGCACAUCACCAGCCCACCAAAAGUGAGAUCCCUAGAACAAAAAUCCCAGUUUCUAAAGUGCUUGUGCACCGGGCCAGUUACCGGAGCUUAGCAGGGACAACAGGUAAAACAGCCACAUAUCAUGAAAGUGCCAAAAAAUAG